AUGUCUUUGAAUCAGAUCGUAUUACUGAUUUUUGGAGAUAACGCAUAUUCCACCUACUUUGGACGAGUCUGGCUAUUGGUAUAUGUGUAUAGAGUCGUGAUCUACUUUAUAUCUGCCCAGUUUGUGUGGAUCGAUAAUUUUGAGUGCAACACACUCCAGCCAGGCUGUGCCAAGGCCUGCUAUGAUUCUUCCUUCCCCAUCUCCCCCAGCCUGUUAUGGGCCCUGCAGCUUGUUUCCAUCACCUGUCCCUCUCUGCUGGUACGGUGCUACAUGAAGGAACACAUACAGAAAAAAUGCAAGGACACCAACGGCCACAGGGGGGCGCACCCGAAUGAGAGGAAGAAGCAGCGUAACUUGUGGUGCAUGAACCUGAUCAGCCUGGUUCUGAGUGCCGCUUUGGACGUGGGUUUCCUUCGCAUCCGCUAUCACAUCUACGAUGGUUACUACAUGCCCAGGCUCGCCAAUUGUGCGCUGUCGCCAUGUCCGAACGUCGUGGACUGUUACAUUUCACAUCCCACCGCAAAGACGAUCUUCUCACUCUUAAUGGUGGUGAUGGCGUGCGUCAGCAUCGUCUUGUGCUUCUGUGAGAUUAUCUACCUGAUCAGGCAGUACAAGAAGAACCACCAGCAUAUGGUUUCUGACAGUCAUGAGCUCGGCGAGCUGGUACUGCCCAGGACCGACCCGACCGCUUCCAGAGCUCUGUCCAGAACCUCGUCCAGAACCUCAGUCCAAAACACCCACAGCCCGACCAUCUCUGAAACCCAACGGACAUUUGUAUAGGC